AUGCAUCUUAUAUACAUCAUCCUGGUUGCUGCGGGAGCUGUUUUUGCGGGCCCUAUCUGUGCACAGGAUGCCACAGAUCUGGAUUCAACAACGUUCUCUAAAACUUCUGUCCCGGAGGUUGCUUAUUCCGGCGGAGCUCCGCAACGAAAGAUGAGCAGAUUUCUUCGAGGGUACAAAGCUGAAGAAGACAUGAGCGAGGAAGACGAAGAGAGGGGUAUAGUUGUCUUCGAUCACUUUAAUCCUAUCGCAAAGCGAAUGAUACAAGAAACAAAAGAGCUCAUUAUUCGGCUCGUACGCAGUAUGAAACUCACCCCAGCCGAAAGGGAUGCACUGAUCGCACUGGACCUCACCCGUCUUGCCAAACUAUCUGGUAAUGCGUAA